GUCAGGUUUCUUCCUAUGACAAUCCAUUAAUAGCGAGCUCUGAUCAUUAAUGUGUAUUAAAACUAAAUUACUUGUCAUAGUCUAAUACAUCACACAACUAUAGACCUCAACAUCCAUCAACAGCAAGGGAGCUUAGCUCUUUGCCUGACCAGCAUAGCCAACAGCAAAACAAACUCAAGGGAAAACGCAAGGUGGAAGAAGGCGAAAAAGUCCACCAGGGGACUGGUUCAACGGACGAGGAUGUUUAGUUCAGAUUGAUUGCAUAACAAUUCAUAUAUAUCUUCAUAACCAAUCCAGGUUUUCUGGCUCUGCAGUAGCAGAAUCAGCAUAUUGCUGGAAGGUAGCAGAAGCAACGGCUAGCUCAAGUUACUUGGAUGUCGCUCAACUCGGAUUCAGCCCUGAUUAAUGCUAUCGCUGAAUCUAUGUUGGCAUCAACUUCCGACAUCAUAAAAACAGUGCCACGUGUAGUAGAAUCACAACGGGAGAUCUUCUUCGAAAUCGGAUGCUACAUCUACCGCACUUCUUUUGCAGUGAUGGAGUUGCAAACAACUGAGAACCCUCCGGAGAACGCGAGGGAGAUCCUGGAAUCACUUUCCAGAAGCAUCAAUGAGGCCAAGGAUCUUGUUAGCGGAUGCAGGAGGAGGAGCUUUGUAGAAGAAGAUGGUUCACUUCCCUCCGAUGACUCCAAUAUUAGAAGCACCAUAAGUCAGCUGGAGGAGGUGAUCAAACGUGCUGGCGAAAUCUUGAGAAGCAUCCCUUCAUCAACCUUUAUAGACAACGAAUAUUCAGAAAUGGCUGUCAGGUCCAUUGCUAGUGAGAUGCAGAAUGCUCAGUUCAAAGUUUUGCAGAAAGAAGAGGCAGCAGAAGAGCAAGUGACGGAAGAAGCACAAAGAGAGCCCAUUGAGUCAUCAGACCUCUAUCCCACUAAAGCUGAUUUUUCAACAAAUGAUUCUCAAGUCUUGGACACGAAAUUGCCGCAGUUGAUUCAGUUCCUAAGGAGACCCACAUCAAGUAUCAGCAGGAACCAAGGGCUCAAAAACCACAGAAGCAUAUCUACAGCAUCAUUUCCAGAUAUGGCAAUCGAGCCUCUGUACGAGACAUUCUGCUGUCCACUAACGAAACAGGUGAUGGAAGAUCCAGUUACCAUACAAAGCGGGGUCACCUUUGAAAGGAAGGCCAUAACAAAGUGGUUCCAGGACGAGUUUGAGAGCUCUCCUGAAGCUGUCUGUCCAGUCACUGCAUUGAAACUGACCAAUACAAGUUUGAGACCCAAUGUCGCUUUACGGACCACGAUUGAGGAAUGGAAGGAAAGAAAUGAGGCUGCAAAGAUCAAGGUCUGUCGAGCUGCUUUGUCUUUAGCUAGUACAGCAAGCAUGGCAGUAGAAGCAGUCAGAAAUUUGCAGCAAAUCUGCACAAGGAACCCAUUCAACAAGAUGCAAGUUUGCAAUGCAGGCAUACUGCCAUUGCUUGACAACUUCCUGAGUCAUAAAGACAGAGAUGUCAGAAUUGCAGUUCUGGAAUUUCUCGUCGAUUUGGCGGAAGAGGACGAUGGAAAGGCACGGUACUUCGAUCCUUACCCCUCAAAAUCUUUAUUAUGGUUCCCUCCUUAUCUGCAGGAAAUGAUUGCAAAAACAGUGGACUUGUCAGCAGUUGUGAGACUCCUGUCAAGUGGCCACCAGGUUAUAAAGCACCAAGCUUUGUUAUUAUUGCUUGAGCUGGCGAGAUUGGAGGCAAUGUCUGAGAGAAUUGGAUCCAUUACCGGGUCGAUUCUGAUGCUCAUCAAACUCAAGUACAGCCAUUCUCUCGAUUCAUUUGCAUCAGAAAGAGCAAAUGAAAUCUUGAUGUCCCUCGGGAGGUUGCCUGAGAACGUAAAGCAAAUGGCAGAAAAUGGGUUUCUGGAGCCCCUCAUAAAUCAACUCUCUGAAGGCCCCGAGGAAGUACAGAUUGAAAUGGCAAGCUACCUUGGAGAAAUCUCUCUCGGCCAUGAAAGCCAAAAGACCUAUGUCGCUGACAGGGCUUCUCCAGUUCUCAUCAGGAUGGUGCACAAUGGGAAUGCACUGACCAGAAGAGCAGCAUUCAAAGCUCUGGCUCAAAUCUCUUCAUACCAUCCCAAUGCAAACACACUCACUGAAGCAGGAAUCCUCCACAUUAUGGUCGAAGAGAUGUUCACCCGGAGAAUCUACAACGAACCCAUGGAUUCGAAGAACGAAGCUGCUGCAAUACUUGCAAAUAUACUCGAGGCAGGGGUUGAGCUUCAGAACCUCAAAGUAAACAGCUACGGCCACAAGCUAACUUCAGACUACGUGGUCUACAACAUCAUCCACAUGCUCAACAACUCGACUCCUGAGGAACUCAACAUCAACCUGAUCAGGAUCAUUCUUUGCCUUGCUGACUCGCCGAAUUCGAUGGCUACAAUCGUCUCGGUGGUUAAAAAACAAUCCGAAGUGAGCUACAAUCUCAUCGAACUGAUCAACAAUCCCCACGAGGAACUAGGUGUUUCGGCCAUCAAGCUACUGAUCAAACUGUCUCCUUACAUGGGGCACACAGUGAUCGAGAGACUGUGCAAGACAAGAGGUUUGCCAGAGAACUUAAUCCUCGACGAAACUGCUGGAACAACAGCUAGAACCACAGAGAGGCAGGCGCUUUCAGCCCUAUUUCUAGCUAAACUCCCUCAUAAGAACUUGACACUCAACUUGGCACUUGUCGGCCUAGUCCCCAGAAUCCUGGACUCGAUCAAUCAAAUCCAAAGCUCGGGGACAAGAUCGAGCAGGCAUUCAAGUGCUUACCUGGAAGGUCUAGUGGGAGUCCUUGUGAGGUUCACAUCUACACUGUAUGAGCCACAGAUGCUGUUUCUGGCCAGAACCCACAACUUCACAUCGGUAUUCACUCAACUCCUGCUGACCAAAACAUCCAACGAUGAAGUUCAGAGGCUAUCCGCAUUUGGGUUGGAGAAUUUGUCAGCAGAAUCAGUAAACCUGUCGAAACCACCAAAGACCAAGAAGCCAACGUCAUUGGGCAAAAGCUUCAGCAUGCGAAAUUUUCUUUCCUUUGGGUCCUCCAACAAGAGACGAGCCCCUCUCUGUCCUGUCCACAGAGGAGUGUGCUCCUCACAGGACACGUUCUGCUUGGUCGAUGCGAAUGCGGUGGAGAGGCUGCUGACGUGCCUGGACCAUGAGAACGCGAAGGUGGUUGAUGCUGCUUUAUCAGCCAUCUGCACUCUGUUAGAUGACAGAGUGGACAUCGAGAGCAGCAUCGCGAUGCUGAUCGGAAAGAAUGCUGUGAAGCAAAUCCUGCACGUGGUGACGGAGCACGGGAGUGAAGCUUUACGGCACAAGUGCUUCUGGUUUCUUGAGAGGUUCCUGGAAAGCGGUGCGGACAGCUCUGUUGGGGAUAUAUCCAUGGACAGGUCAUUGCCUGCAAUUGUGAUUAGCGCUUUUCAUCACGGAGAUGGCAACACUCGCCAGAUGGCUGAGAAGAUUUUAGGCCACCUGAAUAGGGUGCCUAAUUACGGAACUACCCACUUUACCAUGUAGAAAGAAGUCUUUGUGUGUAUAUACAGAGAUUAUGUUUGGGAGAAGCUAGCCAG